UUGUUAACACAUAACCUAGUCGGACCUCUGAAUAAAUAAUGUAACCCAAUUCUAUUGAAAUAAAAACAUUGUUAUUAUUAUUAAUUCCAAGUUCUUUGUACUGUAUACGAAGUGUUAUUUGUUGUAAUAAACGUGUUACAUUUUGGUUUUGAUCAAAUCACAUAUAAUAAGGAGGGAAAAAUAAAGGAGAGUUUAGUUUUAUUGUUACAAAAAGAAAAAAAAAUAGACAAUGCAAUUGAUUUUGUUUAGUGCUGUGAAGACAAAAUGACCACACUCAUACAGCCAGUGCGUUUGAUAGUGUAAACAAUAUUGUUGUUAAUAAAAGGGUCAUCGUUCCUUACGUUUGCGUGGGUUGUAAUAUCGAUUUUAUAGCAAUGGCGCGGUAUUCGAAACUUCGCAUCACUAGUCUGUUUACUUCCGUAAACACAGUUGAAUAAUUCUACAUCUGUGAUUUUAUUAAAAAAAAAAAUUGGCAUUAUUUUUUUAUUGUAUAAAAAUGGCGGGAAAUCGGACUUUUCAGUGUUGUGAUUAUUUUGGACUAUAGACAAGUUUUUUUUAGUGCAUGGCAUGCAAAUGUGUAGUGUUAUGCAAGUGUUACAAUACCAAGUAUCAGCACCACAGUCGACGAUUGCGGCCGAAGUGGCACAGCACUAUGUGCCGCCACCUCCUUAUUUUGCAUCAGUGGGGAUAAACAACGUGACGUCAUGUCGCCGCCACAAGUACGCGUGGUGGUGCGUGGGGUGCGGCGCGCUGGCAGCCGCGCUGGGUGGACUCCUCGCCGCGCAGCACAUAGUGCUCAGAUUCUUUACCGCCUCCCCGCAGCACCUUGAGACGGUGCCCGCCGCUGUACCGGCAGCUAUGUUGGUAUUAACUGGUGUCUGUAUAAUGAGUUUGGCGCGAAGAAGGAACAGAUACAGCUAUAUGGUAAGAAAAAUCAAAGUAGUGGGCGCUUGCUGUCUUGUCUGCGCUCUUACUUGCGUACUGGUCACAAUUACCACCACCGUUAUACACAUGAAUAAACUUCAAACCCUGAAGCUUUGCGAGUACACAAAGCUGACACGAACUUGCACGUGCUUCUCUGCACCGGCUGAUGGCCAGCAUCCGGCUGACGAUGAUGGAGUUCGCUGCGUGUUUGAAGGCGUGAAAGACUGCGGGGUCGUACACGGCGCCCUCUACUGGUGUCUCAGGGGAGUCUUUGCUUUAUCUGUCACUGCUGUGCUGGUCUGCAUAUUCAGCUGUAUGCUGGCAUAUCAACUGCUUAGUCAUGAACGCAAGAAGAUGUACUGGGAGCAACUAGAACUGAGAUGCAGGUCGUUGUACCGUCCACCAGCGACGCAGAAUUCCCAACAGCCCAGCCGUCAAGUACAGAGUAACUGCAGCUGUUGUGCGCAGUGUCACCCAGCGCAGCCAGCAUGGGACAUUAGUUUGCAGCACAGGUUUUGGGCGCCAGGCCGCAUAGGCAAUUUGUACUCUCCUAAUCCUGGAACUGGAAGGAAGACAUCCGCAUGGAGCUGGUUUCCAUGGCCGAGGAGUAACAGUCAAAAUUCCCGUUGUCGUAUGGGGGCCGUUCCUCAAUCGGGAGACAGCGCGUAUGGUUUUUGUGACAACGAUACCACCCCCACCACCAACCCUCAGCCGUCUUACGAAGAUCGCUCCUACAAUUUCAGCCAAUUCCGCAACCAACCGGCCAAUUUCAAUCAAAGUCAGGCCAACUUCCCUCAAAGUCAGGCCGGAUUUGCCCAAAGUCAGGCCGGAUUCGCUCAAAGCCAGGCAAAUUUCGCUCAAAGUCAGGCCAGUUUCGCUCAAUUCGGACAGGAAGGGUUUGGGGAGGCGAGCGGUAGUUUUGAUGCUCAGACUGGUGUUUGGGGUCCACCGCCACCUUACAGUCCUCAAGGGAGAAGUGGAAGCAGACAUCAUUUGCAUCACCAAGACCCGGCAGCUACCACUCUUCUCCAUCACCAUCACAUAGACGUCCACCGCAACUCAAUGCCCAUACACGACCAUACAAACAUACCAAUACAGCCUCACGCGUGCCCUCGCAAUUCAUACAUGAUGCACAAUGUCCCCCAAAACAUGGAGAUGAGUCGAUUGAAUCCGGAAAUGAGUAGAUUGAAUCCCGAUAUGAAUCGAUUGAAUCCAGAUAUGGGUCGAUUGAAUCCUGACUUGGGUCAUCUAGCUCAAAUGUAUCCUACAGAUGUAAAUGAUAUAGCUCGUAUGCAAGAAAUGGGACAUAUGGGCCCACAGGACGGGCGAUUUAAUACGUUACGAGGCCAUUUGGUUCCGUACAGGGCCUGUCAGAGAUCCUUAGGCAUGAGUGCUGGUAAUUUGCACAGGGAUUGUAGAUUAGAAGACAAUGUUGCGAUCGAGUGUUUGCAUCAAAAAACUGGAAGUAAAGUUUCAGAUCAAAGCACCGAUUCGUGCCCUAAGCAGGGCAAGGAGAAUCUUGGCUUCCAAAAUGAUAAGCAUUCUCCAAUCAGGGCUUCAAUGCAGGACUGCCACCGCAACGGCAACCAGAAUGCUGAGUCAGAAGUAUACUUCGCUGACGUGUCGAGUUGUUGUAACGUCUCUGUCAAAGCCGACUGCUGCAUGAACUCCAAUGUGUCAGCAUUAGUUGGCACGAUAGAAAACCAUCCAGAGUCCACGUCCGAGUCCGACACGGGCUCGUUCACACUCACGCGACAACAACGCCCUCAACCCCAAGUUGGUUCGAAACGUCGCCCGCGCCAGAACGACAAACACACGAAGAACCAGCGCCAAGAAAUGAAUGCCAUUCGAUUGACUGAACAACAAUUAAUCGAGCAACUUAACAGCUCGAUGCGAAUGAGCGAUCGAAUGAACGAUUCAAGAGUCAGUGACAGUGUGAACGAGACUCGAGUCAGCGACCGAAACGAUUCCAGAGAUCGAUUGAACGACUCGCGAAUUGAAAGGAUCAACGAUUCGAGAAUCAGCGACAGGAUGAACGAAACGAGACUGAGUGAGCGCAUGAGCGGUUCUAGGGAUCGUUUGAACGAAUCGAGAAUAGAAAGGAUGAAUGAGUCGAGAUUUGAAAGAACGAACGACUCGCGUAUUAGUGAUAGGAUGAGCGAAUCGAGACUGAGAGAGCUAAUGAACGAUUCCAGAGAUCGCCUGAACGAGUCCCGUAUAGAGAGAAUGAACGAUUCCAGAAUUAGUGACAGAAUGAACGAAUCGCGAAUCAGCGACAGAAUGAACGAUUCCCGUAUUAGUGAUCGAAUGAGCGAACGCAGCGACCGAUUGGACCGAAUCGAAGACAGGAGGAUGUCGGACUUGAAUUCCAGUAUUCGAAUCGAAGGUAGUCCAAAGAUGCGGACUCACAUGAGUCCACUGCGGAUGCCGCGCUCGAGUCCAAAGAACUUGCCGAAAGAGCAUCCCAGGCAGUCGAGUUCUGAUUCUAGUAAGCCGGAAUUUUUCGUGCCACCCCCACCUACAGUUUCGCCUUUAUCGCCUAACACAGAAGAGUCACUUUUGUCUGACGAAGACGACAGACGACAGGAUCAAGUGUAUUCAAACGAUCCAGAACCUUCGAAGUGCUUAGGACCCGAUUCACAGUACGAAGCGGUUAGGGAGGAAAAGGAUGAGAUUUUAAAGACAAACCACCACCAUUGCUAUAGUGACACGAACACCAUGGACUCGGGAUGGCAGAGUGGAUCAGAGAAGCAGGUGACUGAUUGAGUUGUUUAUGGUCAGAUCAUGUGUUCCAUAUAUUUAGGUAACUGUGAAUAUGCUGUAAUUGAUGAAACUCGUGUUUGUUUGUAGAUUCAGAUGAAAGGUAGUGAUAUAAAUAAGCUAUAAUUAUAGUAUUAAUUAAUAAGGAGUUAUUUUUUUUUUCAUAUAUUUGCCUAGAAAAUUUUUUUGGUCGUCUCAUAAAUAAGUGCUCUCUAUUUUAGUUACAAUUUAGGACUCGAAUUAUUCAAUUUGUGAUUAAAAAAUACUCAAUUUUUUUUUAAUAUGGUAACACAAGAGGGUAACAUGAUUGUGAAUACUACGCGAAUUAAUAAAAACUUUCAUAGAUUUUAUUAUUAAAAGUGACUAUUUAAUUUGGUUUUUAAAAAAAGGAUUUUCUUUUUAAUAUUUAGACAUGUAUACAAAAUUUCGUUUCUUCAAACUUUAUUUUUCAAUUUAUAAUCACGACAACUAUGUUGCACAAAUAAAAUUAAUAUAGGAUAUAUACUCAAAUUACAAUUUACAAUUAGCCCGAAGGUAAGCAAGCUGAAGUGGCAAUGGGCUGGUUACAUAGCUCGAAGAACCGACAACCGAUGCGGAAGAAAGAUUUUCGAGUGGCGACUCUGUACGGGCAAACCUUUUUCUUUGAAUAAUAUAAUCAAAUUACAAAAAAAAACUUUUUCUCGAAAAAUGAAACAUACCAGUAUUUUAAAAAAAAAACAGUAAUUUUUUUUUAAACCAGAACACUAUAUUUUUUUUUAUAAUUUUAUUUAUUUAAAGAAAUGUAGUAGUAACGUUUUUAUUAAAUAAUUAACUUUUUUUUUUUUAUAAUAAUCGAGAACUUUAUAUUAGAAAUUAGGACACUGUGUCCCUUCCAAAUGUAUUGUGAACAUGUAAUGUAUUGUGCCAAUUAGGAAAACUUAGACAUAUUUGUAAAAAGUGACCAAAAUUGUUUUGUUUGAUAGUCAUUGGGAUGAAAACAUUAAAAUACACAAUAAUCAUCCUUGAAACUAAGUACUUAAAAGAAAAAUUUGGCUGACAUUAUUUCAAGAACUACUUACCCAAAAAUUUUUGUUUUUUUUUUUAAUAGAAAUGUAAUAAAUGACGAUUUUUUUCACGAAAAUGUGUUUAGAGGUAAAUAAGUUAUUAUCAGAGAGUCUACCAUGAUAUGAAAUUGCAAAUUUUUGGAGUCAAUUUCGAUCUUUUGUUCAUCCGAAAUCGGCCCAGUAAAUGGAGCUUAACAUUUUGUUCUUUAUAAAUUCUACCAAGUCUAAAGUCAUUUUAACAUUUUUAAUAGUUAUAAACGGUAUGUAUUAUAUAAUUUUAAUAUCAAAUUUGUAUUUCGUUCGGUUCCGAAAUUUCGGAAAAUAUUUCAUGGUAGGCCCUCUGGUAUUGUUAUAAUAACAAAAAAGAAUUGAAAUUACAUUAAAAUUAUUACAAUAAAAUGCACAACGUUAGUUUUCCUAAUUUUUUUUUCUUAGGAAAAAUGUAAAGAAAAUUUUUGAAUAAAAAAUAGCAUGGUAGAAGUAGAUAGAGUAAUACGACUUUUAUCCUAUUCGAUUUAUAUAAAAUCGAAGGAAUAACAGUUUACUAUCCAUCUGAAUAUUUUUGUGUACCUACUCUUUUAGUAGAAUUUUUUCUCAAUUUGUUGGCAACCCAACACAGAAUUUAUUGUAAUGGCAACUGUGCCCUCGCUCAUUCUUCUAAAAAAAUCUGAACUCUUUGCACGUGUCUCGACAAUAAAUCACGUAAUUAAAAAUCUGUCAAUCUUACAUAUUAUACAAAUAAUUUUGUGAUCGUUCCCAUAACAGAAAUACCAAAUAAGCACAUUUUUUUCCAUAAUUCACUGAAUAAUUAUUUGUUUUUAUUUUUAAAAAUAAAUAACAAUACUAUAGUUCUAAUUAAUUUUGACCUUAGAUUAUGUAGAUGGAGUGUCUCCAUACAAAUGCUUCGUGAAAAGUGAGUCAACUGUUUCACACAAUUUUGCGUGAUAAAUAGUUAUGAGUGAUUCCUUUAUAACUUUUAUACUUAUUUUGUCUUAUAAAUUCUGCAUCUUUUUAAUGCACAAAAACUCAUUUUAUUUAUUAAAUAAUUAAAUAUAGAUACGUCAAGAUACAUUGUGUACGUAAGUAUAUAGAACACUGAUAAAAACAACGAGUCAGUUAAUUUGACAAUUGGCUGACAAAAAGUUGACCCGUUUUUGAGGCUCGACGCUCUAUCUAUAUAAUCUAAGAUUUUGGCAUUUUAAAUACUUUAUUGGGAUUAAAUUAAUUAGUUUUAGCACAUUUAGUUAUUUGCUAUUAUCCAUACAGUAAUAAUAUCUGCGAGUUAUAUUUUAAAACCACGUCAUCAUUUAAGGCCAGAUGAGAUUAUGGUCCAAUGCGCUCAAAUUUAAUAAAAAAAAAGAAAUCUAUGAUUAGGGCCGUCAACACGAUCAUUCUUAACAGGCCCUCUAGACAAGUGACAAGUGAAUUCGACAAUGGAAUCGACAUCGCUAGCGAGUCCGUAAGUACUGUCUACCAUCGUACGGCUCGCCAUCGACAGGAAGUUCAUCCCCGUGUCCUACAGCCUCAAUGGUCGCGUACUGCGCGGUUUCAGAGAUGUUUCCUCCCACGAACACUCAGGUUGUGGAAUGAGCUCCCUGCCGAGGUUGUCCCAAGAGACUACAGCAUGGGGUUCUUCAAAAGGGGGGUAAAGAGGUUUCUUCAGGGUCGGCAACGCACGCGUAAUGCCUCUGGUAUUGCAGGCGUUCAUAGGCUACGGUAACCGCUUACCAUCAGGUGGGCCGUUUGCUUGUUUGCCACCUCAGUGGUAUCUCAUUCUGUCUCACGGACUCGCUAACGAUGUCGAUUCCAUCGACGAAUUCGUUUGCCAUUUGUCUAGAGGGUCAGACCUAAAAACGAAGGUACUUCUCAAUUUAGUUGUACAUUUUUAUGUUUGUUACCUCAUAACUCUGUCAGUUCAAAACUGACUUCAUAAUUUUUUUAUCUGAAAGUAUAUACUUAC